AUGUCCGUCACAUUGGAUCAAGAGGAAAGUCAGUAUGCAACUUGGGUUGAAUUAUUCCAAAUUUAUGCCUGUGCAUUUAAUGUCCUGGACCACAUAGAUGCCUCUGUUUCUCGUCCUUCUGGGAUUGAUACCACAACCUGGAACGGGCUUGAUGCUAUAGUCAAGCAGUGGAUAUAUGGAACGAUCUCUUGGGAUCUUGUGAACACUAUAAUGAAACCUGGUGCAACUGCUCUUAAAUUGUGGAAUCGGUUGAAAGAGAUCUUCCAUGAUAAUAAACACACCCGUUCCGUAUACUUGGAGGAACAAUUAACCAAUACUCGUUUGGAGAAUUUUGCAAAUAUGCUCAUCAAGGGGUUGCCCAAGGGAGAGUAUGACACUCUCACCGUCAUGAUUCAGCAGGCAGACCCCAAACCAAGCUUCAACAAGGCCCGAUCUUAA